AUGUCCUUUCUCCUUCCCCUUCCCCCUCCUGAGAUUUUUAUGAUAGUGGGACGGGAGGAGGUGAGUGCACGAUCGCUUCCCCUCACCUGUCCCAGGAUGCCAGACUCCUUCCGAGGGAGGCAACUGCUCCGUGGAGAGACUGUUGGGGCUCCGGUCAACACCAGAAUGGAAGUAAAGGAAACCAAGCGAGGCAAGUCCCUGAGCCAGCGCGGUGGCUCCUGCCGUGACCAUGUGGCCCCUGGCUCCAGCACCAGCCUGGAGGCCCACUCUCUGAAGAACUUUACCAUCCCCAAGAUCCGCAGGACAGCAGAGAAAGUGUACUUGUCAUCUUGCCACACCAAUCGGAGGGAGUACAGUUUCAUAAACCAUACCCUUUCCCAGUGCAGACUCGACCUGAGCUGUGAGCUCCAGUCAUCUUGGCAAUUUGGGGAAACAAAACUAGUUCAUAAUGAAUAUCUGGAAAAAAAGUUUUCGGCCAAAAGGCUGGAGAUGCGGGAGCAUGGCCGGCGAGGCCGAGAACUGGAGGAGCAUUAUUGCUUCUUGGCACUGUCGCACAGCGCCGUGUCCCGGAUGUACCAGAGCGGGCUGUGCACCAGGGAGUCGACCCUGAAGGCACUUGGCAACCCCCUGCUUGGCGUCUACCUGUUCCGGCAUGCCGAUGUGGCCCUGAGUUAUGCGCGCAGUCGGAAGCACCACGUGGACAACCUCAUGAUUUUUAAGGUUCUCUACGGGAAGGUGAAGAAGAUCCAGCCUGUGGUGGACAAGAGCAAAGCCUGUCUGGACCCUUCGCCCAACUUCGACUGCCACAUGUCACGCCUCAUCCCCACAGCCAAGGACAUCAUCGAGCAGCAGGCCGUGGGCUCCGCAGUUUAUCUCUACGAAUACAACACACUUUCGAAGCCUGUGGACAAGCCCCGGCAGUGUCUUCCAUAUGCCACUAUAACGGUCAAAUUUCUUGGUCAGAAAGCGGAAAGUGGGCCAACUAUCACCUCCUUGCGGUUUCUCUCCGCGGGCUUUCCCAAGUGGUCUGAAAAAAGGGGCUCCUUGAAUAACUGUACCAUUGCCAAAAGGAUCGGGAAGGGGAAAGAUGCCACUGUCAUCUACGAGCAUUUCCCAAAGCCUACAGAUUCCUCAGCUCAGGACAGCUGCUCCUGUAACGCAGAGAUGAAUCCUUUGGCCCCUGAUAUAUCUUCUCCCUGUGGAAGCAUACAGAAUAACAGCUUCUUUGCUGUAGACACCCCAGAUAGCCAAAAUGACUAUAAUUUAACAGAAAACCACAACCUAUCUCAAGUACAAACAAUUGAGGCUAACCCGCCCCUCCUAGCCAGUGUGGGUGCCACUCAAAAUGUGAAUGGUGACCUGUUGAUAAACUUGAAUUACCUUGAAAAAUUCUUCAACACCCUUUCUGCUGCAGUCACUUUUCCUAACAGUGUUGGCACCAGUACUGUGACAACCUCCAAGCUUAUCAAGGACCCCAGGCUGCUGAGAAGAGGAGUAUCCCAUGACCAAGCCAAUCCUGAGGCAGGCUCCCAAGAGACUUUGCCAUUAGAGAGCAGGGAAGAAUGCCCUGAUUCACAAAUGAAUUCUUUGCUAUCCCUGCCCAUGGCUGCUGCCCUCCCCUCUGGAGCCCUCCCUGGUGAGCCCAUGGCACUCAAUAUGGGCUCCCCUCAUCCUGAGGGUUUCUCCCAUGAUGCUGCUUUGAAAGGCAUGUUGUCCGAGAACUGUGACUGCAGGGCUAUCCAUGAGGUUAUCGUGGAUGAUCCAAAAGAAGAUCGACAUCAUACUGACCUUCAGGCGGCUCUUCCCUAUGCUUCCAAAGAAGUCAUUCCAGAACAGGAUAACCAGGAAUAUAUUGACAAAGAAAUGGAUAGCUCAAGCCAGAUGAACAAAAUACUUCUUCCAGUUAAGAAACAAGCCAGAGGAAAGUACAUUUCAGAGAUGAAUCAGUUUCCUAGAAAGGGCAUGCCAUCGGAUACCAAUUCGGAGAGGCUUAGUAACCUUGUAAGCCAGGAAUCGCAGCCCACUGACCUCAAAAUUGUCCAUGAAAGACUUCAGCCAUCCUCUCCAGGACUUCUCCAGGUUCAGAAAGAAACCAGAAAUAAAUAUAUUCAGGAUCCUCAAAAUACGAAAAGCUCGAACACAGAUACAGAAAACCAUUCCAAACAAGGCAAAGAUAAAUACUCCAAGAAGAAAGAGAAUUGUGACUCUGCUCAUGGAGAAAAGAGUAGCUCAAGAGAAUGUUGUGUCUCUUAUGAAAAGCAUAAGGUUUUGAUUUUAUCCCACCAAGACAGCAAUGAAUGUAAAAAACCUCGGAACCAGGGGACAACCAUUCCAAUGCAACCUUCCACAUCUCGAGAGCAAGAAAGGAAACACAUACCUUGGAAAUCAGAAAAUAGUUACCCUAUACUAAGUACACAAAAAUCUUCCAAAAAUUGCCUUGAAGAAUGGUUGAAAUGUGAACGAAUGUAUAUCGAUAAAUACUUUUCCAAACCUCCAAAAGUAACAGAACUGAAAAUGGGAAGUCUGCAUCUGACACCCAUUAGCAUGAAGGCCGAUGCUCCCCAGGAAAUGGAUAUCAUUGUUCAGACCAAAGAAAAGCCAAAUGAUUUGAUUAAUUUAGCUGAAGCGUCGCAUUCCAAGGUGAUCGGAGAUGGGAGUGGGAAAUACCCGGGUGUUAGUGAAGGAAAUGAAAAUGGACUGUUGUCCCCAGUAGACUCACAUAAAGAUGGCAAAGUGGAGGCAGACCAGAGUCAAGUUUGCCCUAUGUUCUGUGACCCAGUGUUUGGAGAUGACAGUGCCACUUUUCCUGAUCUGAAUGUUUAUUUUCAAGAACAGGAAUUAAGGAAUGAAGAACAUGGUGACUCACGUUCUAAAAGAGAGGGGAAAGAGAGUCUUUCUACAGAAAAAAAUAGAAUGGAAAAUAUUUAUGUAAAUGAGAAGCAAGUUGUUCAUAUGAAGGAAAACUGCACCACAAUGGUCAAUAGUGAGAGAGAGAUUAAGAAUUUGGGCAGGUCAGAAGUUAUAUGUUCUGAAAAGUUUUCUUCAAUAUUUAACUUCACCUGGAAAAAAAGUUAUGUGCCCAUAGAAACUGCUCUGGUUGAAAAUGAAAGCAGAGUUAUCCCUGGGAAUCAAAGAGGGAUACUUUUCGGUCACAAAAGGAAGCUGAUGCCACUGGCUUCUACAACCACGUUGUCAGAGUCCACAGGUUCCUCAGCAGCCCAUGUGUGCAAGAACUCUGGUGCCAACACGCCCAUCCCUGCUGCUCUGAUACCAGAGUUCAGUCACAAGUUUGAAGACAACCAAAGGAACUUCCAAGGAAUGGCCCAAGCCAUCCAAAGCCCCAAUUUUGGAGCAUGUGGGAUAAAUAUAUUUGGGGAACAUCAAAAUGAUACAAACUAUGGCAGAUCCAGUGAAGCCCAUACACGACUAACUAUUAGCGAGGACCUAGAGGUCCUACAUCCUCAGGAUCUGGACUUUAACAAUGAGAUUGAAGUGGAAUUUGAACAAUGUGAAGGCUCUUUCCUGCAACUACAAGACACAGCCAUCCACGGAAAUCUGCCUACUGAUGAAAUGAGCUCUGUGUACCAGCUUCUAGAAUCUCGUAUAGACUGGGAAAAUCUACUUGGAAGUCAGAAGCCCUCAGAGAUUUCCAAAAGCACUUGGCCACAGGAGGAUGGAAGCCAAUGUUUCCUUAAGGAAUGCAGUUGCAUUUAUUCUUGGACCCAGAAAAACCAUCGGGAUCUCUUAAGCCCAGUGGUGGUUCCUGAUUUACAAGUUCAAAUUACAAAUAUCAUUCAGACAAGGUUCACCCUUUCUCAGGAGCCACUAGCAAUGCAAGGUGAGGUGCUGGUGAGCCCCACACUGGAUACUGAAGAGGCAGAAAUGAAUGAUGUGUGGAAAGAAUUAGAAUCUAUGGCCAAUCCUCCCCAGUUCACCUGUGAAAACACAGUCUCCCCCAUCCAAGAUGAGCUUUUCAUGGACAUAUGGCCAGAGGCAUCCGAACUUAACAGGAAUCUGGUCAUUUCCCCACCUCCUGAGUCAUCAGCAGUUCACAAAGCAUGUUCCCCUCAGCCUGCUGCUACUUCUAAAGCCACCAAGGAUGAUAGGACCUGCCCUUUGGCAAAGCUAAAGGGUGUCCGUAACAAAGCUCCAAGGAGAAAGGACAUGAGGUCCAAAAACAGCAGAGGGAAACAGCCACUAUCCUCCUUCAAGGACAAAAUUAUACCAAGGAGAAAUUUCAGGUAUCCAGAACCUUAUGGAGUAACCAGAAAGACAUCUCAUCACCAGUCAUCUGAACAAUUUUCUUCUUUAUCUGAGGGACGGAUCAGAACCUUUUCGCAGUCAGAAAGGUACAUCAGAAGCGUUUUGAACGUCCUCUACAGUGAAGCAUCUUUGUGCAAGAGCAAACGUCUGUCCAGAAAACUUAACCGAGCUGUUCUUCAUUUAAAGAAAGCUCACAGGAGAGUUCACCGAUCCUUGCAGCUCAUCACAAAAGUCAGGGAGAAAAAGAGAAAGAGUCCCUUGCCCAAAUCCUAUGAGGUCAUACGCAAUAGUUUGUGGGAAUGUUGUGACUUGGAAGGUUAUAACUUUCUGACAGAAAGGAGGUAUUACUCGAGGCAUUAUUGGCAGAAGAGAAAAAAUGACAAACGGGAAGAAAAGAGAACUGAAAGACUGCAAGUGGUUGGCUCUCGGACCUCUUUCCCACACCAUCAGGGUUAUAGCAGCAGCAGUAGCAGGGACCAGGGAGUCCGGAGGUCAUUUUCCAUAGAAGGUCCAUCCACCGUGGCGUCUGCAAGUCGAGUGAGCAACCCGAGGAGCGCCACUCUUCACAGACCACAUCACUCCAAGUCUCGGGGCUCAACAUCGAGCAGGGGCAGUGUGAAAGGCUCGAAAGGAAGGGCUGACUGCCAGCUCUCCAAAGGACAGCAGAAAGCUUUCCCUUCUCAUCAUUCUGAUGAAGUCAACUCCAGGGAGGCUGCCAUAGGAGCCCAUUCUGCUCCAUCUACAAUGGAAAGAAAUGGGGAGUUGUGCAGUGAAUCUGGGAAAAAUGACCUUCCCCUUGAUACUAAUAAACCAAAUGUAGUAGACAAUAGUGAAACUCACUCCAAAGAGAAUCCUGAUGUAUCCAUUUCAGCCUUAAAAUCAGGCACAGAACACUGUUUCAAUGUAGACGUCUCUAAAACAGAUCAGCUGAGGUGGCCUAUGGGUCCCCCAGAAUUGGAAGGUUACCUUCCUGCAGCAAAGUCACUGGCACUCACAAGAAGCUCGAAUCCAAGCAUGGGUUCGGAACACUUGGUUAGGGCUUCUGGUGAUCUGGCUCCCCAGACAAGUCAAGAGGGAGAAAGUAUGUUCUUGGAUUUAUCCGGCAUCUCUGUUGAAAAUAAAGAGGCCGAAUGGUGGACACUCCACUCCAAGAGGCUGCCAACUGUAGAUGGGCUUGCACCCUGCUCUCCAUCUCUACAACAGGAGGAGCCACAACUUCAAAAUGAUGGAGAGGAUUCUUUAGAUAUGAUUUGGGGCCCUUGCAAAAAUUACCUUCACGGAGGGGAUAGGGAGGAAGGAAGUGAUACUGAAAGUAUCCAAGAGGGACCUGUACCACCUGAGAAAAAUAAAAAUUGUAUGAACUAUGCUGUCGAUGUCCUUUUAAAUAACAUCUCUUUGGAGAACAUGAGGCAUUCCUUAUCACAAAAAUCCAGAGUAAAGGAAAAGGUGAAAAAAAGAUGGAAAAAACAAGUAGAAAGGGAACAACAGGGAGAAAAGCCAGUAGAACACUCAAGUGUUUUAACAGAACUUUGUGAAAAAUCUCCCAUCCAGAUAGAAGACCAAGGUAAACAGGGCCAGGGCUUAGACAGUUCUAUGGUGACUGCCUCCUGGAGGAAGAAGACCCCCAGUCAGCUGGCCAGGACCAAGGAAAAGGAGGGUGGAGGGCAGAUGGAAGCUGAGGAUGGGCCAACCCUCUCCACCAUUACACCUCAAGCCAUGAUGAUGGGUAAUCCUGCCAUCAGGAAGAAAGUCCCCCAGACCCAUGCCAGGAAAAUGCACUCAGGGAUUCCUGAGGCUGAACCUACUUGGCAGCCACCUCCCAUGAGUGAAUUAGAGGAGGCUCAGUCAUCAGAGGACCCUCCAACACUCAUCUUGAAACUGUCAAGAAUUCUGCAAAAGGCAGAUGAGGCAUCCACUCUGAAGAGUUUACAAGAACAAAUCGAAACAUGUCAAGCAGUUCUUCCUUUAUUCAUUGAAGCUUUUGAAAGAAAACAAAAAUGUUCCUUUAAACAUAUACUGAUUUCUCGGGAGGUACUGGUAGAAGGGAAUGGUUGGAAUAACUGUAAACACCAUCUCCACCCACAAGCAGUAGAUUCCCUGGUAGAACUCCAAAUGAUGAUGGAAACCAUGCAGUUCAUUGAGAACAAGAAAAAUCUGUUGGGUAGCAAGCCCACCUUCCGGAGUCUGCUGUGGUACGAUGCUUCCCUGUAUGGGGAGCUGCUCCAUGGGAAUCAGGGCUACCAGCAGCAGGCCUGCCUCUACCCUGCUUUUCAAGACCGACUUAGGUACAAUGCCUUCAGCGAAUUACAGCACUACCAUGACCAACUGAUCAAACUCUUAGAAGUAGCCAAGAAUAAGAACAAAUCCUACUAUGUCAUCUUAAAAUAUAAACGACAGAUUAAAGAGUGUGAAGAUGUUAUGAAACACAGCUCCAACUUCAAUUUCUCUCUUUCUUCACCGUUCACCUGUGGGGUUAAUUUUGGAGAUAAUUUAGAAGAUCUAGAAAGUUUAAGAAAAAGCACUUUAGAACUAAUCAGUAACCAGGACCAUUUCCCUAGAGUUCAAUCUUGUUCUGGGAAGCAGGACCAUCUCUGGAUCAUCAUGGAAAUGAUCUCUUCCAAGAUGCACUUUAUAAAAAACUCUGAAUCUGUUGGCAUGAAGAUAUCUCUCUACGGCCUGGAACACAUCUUCUUUGAUGCUGCUAAAAGUCUUGUUUGGAAAGAGAGGGGCCUGUCAAUUAGCAAAAAAGACCCCCCUGAGAAGAUGAAGGAAGAACUACUCAGAUUUAACGAGUGUGCCCUUAAGAAGCUUCAGCAGAUCUAUGAGACUCUGGAGGCUAACAGCAAAGCAGAAUGUGCUUCCGUGGGUUUGCUUGAGGAAACUGUUGAUACUCCCAGUAAGCACUGUGAGUGCAUAGAGGGAGAGAGUAAGCCUAGCUGGGAAAAUCUCAGGUUUAGUGAUACUCUCUUUCCUUUCCCAGAUGUGUGCCAAGUUGGAGAAAUAAUAGACCAAGCAGGAUCUGCUGACCUGAAACAGUUACAGGAACUGACAGCGAAAUGCACAGGCCACUUGGAGACCUUAAAGAAGUGCUUCCAAAUUCUUCAGGAGGCCGCCGUGGAUAGCGUCUUGAUCACAGAAGACAAUGUGCUAGACCCGGUCAAGAAGCGUAGCCAACAGUCGGUCAUCCUGAAGCCCGAAGCUGUCGAGAUGUACAUUGAAGUGGUUAUGCUCUCUGAAACAAUUCACUUCCUGAAAAAUGUCAUGGCCAAGAAACUGGACAAACCAAGGUUUCGGGGUAUGUUGUGGUUCGAUUUGUCUCUCCUUUCUGAGUUGAUAGAAAACCAAGAAAAAAUAGCUUCCUUUUUGUUUCUCAAAGAAAAUGCAGCAGGCUGCCUAUGGGAGGCUGUGGAGUCAGCCAUAUUGGAACUGAAGAGCGAGGCUGCUGUCAUCUGUGAGUACCCUGAAGGGACCAAUUCCUCUUAUGCCCUCCAGCUACUGACCAGAGAACUUUCUGAACUCUCUGAAAUAAGGACAUUCCUGGAACAGGCCACCCUACCCAUGGCCACGUAUGUGGACCUGGUGCCUUAUACCUUGACUGUAAAUUAUGGCACGACCCUUUCCGAACUCGAGCACAAUUAUGAGUUGUUUGCUGUGUUGUUGAAAAACCUCACUUUGGCUUCCCAGAAAGAUCUGGGGAAGAUGGCCCAUGUCAUGAAAGUCAUGAAGACCAUUGAAUAUCUGAAGGUCUCCUGUGCCAAAGUGGGAUGGUGCGAGAUCUCUCUUCUCACCUGCCAAAUGUUCACCAAUGCGGAGAAAGCCCUCCAAUGGAAAAAGGAGCGGACCAGAGGAGACCAUGAGACGAAGCCCCGAAUGGUCACCAGGACACUGGGAGCUGCUUGGGGACAGCUGCCCUUUCCUUCCGGCUUAGCCCACAAAGUUCCAGCCGUCUCCAAAAAGCGAGCUUUCACUGUAGCUCCUUGUGAAAGUGGUCAGGAGCGACUCAAAAGUCCUGAUCUACCAACUUGCAAAAAACCAAAGGUCUCGCCACGGAGCAGCCAUCAUCCGGCCAUGGAGGUGGAGAAAGGCCCAGAGCCCGAGAAGGAGAAGACAGCUGAUGAGGGAGGCCCCGUGGGCCUUGUCCCGCCUCCCCAUCCGAGCCAGACCGGGAAGUGGCCCCACGAUGUGCCCGUGCAGGGGGCUCCGGGGCCCAGCUGCCCGCCCCUGCUGCAAGGCCCCACCAGAGACAGCCUCCCAGCCGGCUCAGCGGGGCCACAGGAAAGUGCGGCGGGCACAAGAGGGAGAGGCCUGCCCAGGAGCCUGAUUAAGAGGAGCUGGUCCGAGGGGGCCCUCCCCAGUGCCCUCGGCCUUCCUCUCCAGACCUCGAAAGCCUCUCUCGGUCCCCAUCUACGGCAAGGACCAGACGCCCUACAGGCUGCACCCAUUUUGGCAGGUGUCAACUUCCAUAGCGAAGCCAACCUCCAUUCUGCCACCACAGCAGAGGGCUCAGCCUUCCUCCAUCGGGACCAUGAGAUGCAACCUGGCGUCCAGCUUCCCAGCAUGCUCCUGCCGGGCCACACGGCUAUUGUCAUUCAGCCCAGCUGCCUGGGUGCCUCUGAAUUACUGACCCCCCAGAACAGACUUCUGGGCCCCCCAGGUCCCCACCAGCCAGGCCAGAGGCCCGAGCCCCCAAGCCAGCCGGCCCCCGGGGCACCCAGGGGGUGCCCCUUCUCCUUGCAGCCACUGCAGCAGCAGCCUGGAAACGGGCUGGGGGCCUUCAUGCCAGCCUCUGGGGGCUGUUGGAAUGGCCGCUCCCAGCAGAACCCCCCAGACCCUCAGGUUUGGGGCCCCUCCUGCGGCCCCUUCUACCCUUCCUAUUCUUGGUGCGUGUAUCACUACUGCACCAGUGGCGGCUGCAGCGGGGGCAGUUCGGUCACCCAGACCUACCAGGGCAUAGCGUCCUACGAGGGCCAGCCUGCCCCUCAGGCCGUGGCCGGGCCCCCAGGCUAUCACUUUCCCUCUGGGCUGCCCAGCUGUUCUGGCCCCAGGGACCCUCCAAGGAGCGGCUUUGGCCAGCCACUGCCCAUGCAAGGCCCGGGCGUCUGUGCCUCCCAGCACGGCCCACUCCCCUGCCCUGCCACGUGGCCGCCCUUUGUGGCCACCACCUGCACAUCUGGCCAGGGCCUGCCGCAGGUCUCCUACCCCUGCCAGCUCAGGCCAGGCUUGUUUCCGGGAAUGACCUGCACAUGUGCUUCCUGGCAACGCGGAUCUUUUCAGAAUGGACAUUGA